GUGGGGGUGGGGCUUCCUGGAGGAGAGAAGUUUCGUUGGCUAGUCAUUAGAGGAAACCGCCACGUGUGGGGCCACCUACUAGGUGUCAGGUGCCAGCAGGGCCUCAUAAAGCGAGGAAGGGAGCCACAAGCCUCUCAUGGUUAGAAGAUGCCAUGGCGCACAGUGGGUGCUCGUAAUCGGUGCUUUUUAUUGCCGGGACCCUACCUGAUUUCCCUCCCCCACCUCGCACCUUUUGGGGGGGCCCUGAGAAGCCCCGGUGGGGGCAGUGGCCCGACGUGGCAGGCAGGUGGCAUGUGUUCCUGGAGAGAGGGCUGGGUCAGAUGUCUGCAGGACCAUUUUAGUUUCCAGAGGGAGGGAAGAGGCUGUGGCUUGCUGGGAGGUGUCAGGUGGGGAGGGCAGGGGCCAGCCUCUUGCCUGUAUCAGCUCCUGGGUCAGCCCUAUGGAUCAGCCUUGCUGGGCGCCCUUGGCCCAGAUUCCAGCUUCUCUGGUGUUCUCGUCUGUCUCGGCGCGGAAGAUGGCCGGCGGCGUGGACGGCCCCAUCGGGAUCCCGUUCCCCGACCACAGCAGUGACAUCCUGAGCGGACUCAACGAGCAGAGGACGCAGGGCCUGCUGUGCGACGUGGUAAUUCUGGUGGAGGGCCGCGAGUUCCCCACACACCGCUCGGUGCUGGCUGCCUGCAGCCAGUACUUCAAGAAGCUGUUCACGUCGGGCGCCGUGGUGGACCAGCAGAACGUGUACGAGAUCGACUUUGUCAGUGCCGAGGCGCUCACGGCCCUCAUGGAUUUCGCCUACACGGCCACGCUGACCGUCAGCACGGCCAACGUGGGCGACAUCCUCAGCGCCGCCCGCCUACUUGAGAUCCCUGCCGUGAGCCACGUCUGCGCCGACCUCCUCGAUCGGCAGAUCCUGGCGGCUGACGCGGGCGCCGACGCUGGGCAGCUGGACCUCGUAGAUCAAAUUGAUCAACGAAACCUCCUUCGCGCCAAGGAGUACCUCGAGUUCUUCCAGAGCAACCCCAUGAAUAGCCUGCCUGCCGCCGCUGCUGCCGCCGCUGCCACAUUCCCGUGGUCUGCCUUUGGCACAUCUGAUGAUGACCUGGAUGCCACCAAGGAGGCUGUGGCUGCUGCAGUGGCUGCUGUGGCUGCUGGCGACUGCAACGGCUUGGACUUCUACGGGCCGGGCCCCCCGGCUGAGCGGCCCCCAGCUGGGGAUGGGGAUGAGGGCGACAGCAACCCGGGUCUGUGGCCAGAGCGGGACGAGGACGCCCCUGCUGGGGGUCUCUUCCCACCUCCCGUGGCCCCGCCGUCCACCGCCACGCAGAAUGGCCACUACAGCCGAGGUGGGGAGGAGGAGGCAGCCUCGCUGUCAGAGGCGGCCCCCGAGCCAGGCGACUCUCCGGGCUUCCUGUCCGGCGCGGCUGAGGGCGAGGACGGGGAUGGGGCUGACGCGGACGGGCUGGCGGCCAGCACUCUGCUGCAGCAGAUGAUGUCGUCUGUGGGCCGGGCUGGGGCAGCGACGGCAGGGGACAGCGACGAAGAGUCGAGGGCUGAUGACAAGGGCGUCGUGGACUACUACCUGAAGUACUUCAGCAGUGCCCACGAUGGCGACGUCUACCCGGCCUGGUCUCAGAAGGUGGAGAAGAAGAUCCGGGCCAAGGCCUUCCAGAAGUGCCCCAUCUGUGAGAAGGUCAUCCAGGGCGCCGGCAAGCUGCCGCGGCACAUCCGGACCCACACAGGCGAGAAGCCCUACGAGUGUAACAUCUGCAAAGUCCGAUUCACCAGGCAGGACAAGCUCAAGGUGCACAUGAGGAAGCACACGGGCGAGAAGCCGUACCUGUGCCAGCAGUGCGGGGCGGCCUUCGCGCACAACUACGACCUGAAGAACCACAUGCGCGUGCACACCGGCCUGCGCCCCUACCAGUGCGACAGCUGCUGCAAGACCUUCGUGCGCUCCGACCACCUGCACAGACACCUCAAGAAAGACGGCUGCAACGGCGUGCCCUCGCGCCGCGGCCGCAAGCCCCGCGUGCGGAGCGGGGGGCUCGGGGGGCCCGACCCCGCCCCCGCCCCGGGGGCCCCCGCGCCGCCCGGCGCCCCCGCCCCGCCCGGCUCGCCCGACGCGCGGCGCAACGGCCAGGAGAAGCACUUUAAGGACGAGGAGGAGGACGAGGACGAGGCCAGCCCCGAGGGCCUGGGCAGGUUGAAUGUAGCGGGCGCCGCAGGGGGAGGCGACGGGGGCGCCGGGGCCACCGCCGAUGGCAGCUUCGCGGCUGGACUUGCCUGAAAACCAAAAAGAGAAAACAGAAACCCGAGAGAGAGAGAGAGAGAGAGAGAGAGAGAGAAAGAGAGAGAGAGAGAGAGAGAGAAUCACCCACCACCCCCCAAAAACACAAAAAAAGAAAAUCUAUCUAUAUACAGAUAUCUAUAUCUAUAUAUAUAUAUAUAUAUAUACAGAUAUAUAUAUAUGAAGCGUCACAGAAUCUAGGGUAGUGCUUUUCUCAGAUUCUUCUCCUUCAUGCUCUCUCCCUCCACGGGGACCCUCGCCCCACCCCCACCUGCGGCCCCUCUUCCCCCCACCCCGACAAUGGCUUUCGGGGCUCGGUUUGGGGUUUUUGUGGGACACAAGGAUUCUGAGCUCCCCGGGCGCCGCCGGCUCGGGGUCUGGGGUCCCAUCCGAGGCUCGGUCAGGGCCCUGGGCCCCAGCAGGGGUGAGUGGGGCCUCGGGGGGCCGGGGACGGGAUGGGCUUUUCCUUUCCUUUCCUCGCUGGUUUCUAGAGUCUUUUAGACAAGACCUUAAAUGAUUUCUGUCCGCUGUGAGCGGACGUUAAAAUGGCCCCAUCCUCCCACCCCCACCCUCCUUCCUCAGGGCACUUCCUAAGUGGGGGUCUCCCCCUCCAUCUCCCCGCCUCCCAUUCCUUCCUGCCUGUGGUCCCCCGUAUCUCCUGGCCACUGGGACACAAAUCUAUUUAUUUCCAGGUGUGGAGAAAGGGGAGAAGACGAGGUGGGGGGGACACCAGGGAGGCUCCCCGGGGUCCCCACUGCCUUCCUUCAUGGCACUUACGACCCAGCGUGACCCUCGGGCCACCGCUCAGGGCUCCCUGCCACCCCUGUCUUCAUCCCCUGACCCCAGCCCCCCAGACCACAUGAGAUGUUUGGAGAUUCGAAACUUUUUGUCUUCACCCUCUUUCCUCCCCCAGCCCUCUCCCAAUUUUUUAAAGCACUUUUAAGGUUUUUUUUUCUCUUCCUCCUUAAAAACAAAAUUUAUAUAUAGAUAUAUAUAUAUAUAUAUGAAAUAUACUUUUCCUCAGAGGAGCAGGCAACAGUGUGGGGUGAGAGCCAAGAGGAGAGGGAACCCAGGGUCUCACGGUGGCAGGGAUGAGGGGAGAGAAUGUCCAGAAGUUCCAAUGUCACAAAAGCAAUAAAAACAAGAUUUUACAAAAUGAAAGGAAAAAAAGAAAAAAAAAAACACAAGACAACCAACCACAAAUAGAAGUCUUGGCACUUUGUAACAGAAC